AUGAAACCAUAAAUGAUUGAGAAAAUAACAGACUUAUAUUGUGCUAAUAAUCAUAAUUUAGAGCCAUAUAUGAUCGUCUUUAACCUUAAGUUAUAAUAAAAAGACAGAAUAUUAUGUACAAAGUGUAUGGAUGAAUAUGAUAAUAUAAAUAAAAUGAUAACUUUUAAAAAGGCAUAAUAAUUGAUUGAAGAAAAUCAAACAAAAUGUUUAGAACUAUUAGAAAAUUCAAUUGAACCUAAUAUUAAAUAAGUUGAACUAUUGUAGAAACAUCUUGAUUCAUUAAAAUCAUAUUUAAAUUAAGAAUUAGAUUCAUUAAUUGAAAACACUAAAGAAUGGAUAAAAAGCUUUAAUUAAAUCAGAUAAUUGCAUAAGGAGUAUAGUUUUCUAAAGGAGCUUGAUAAACUAAUAUAAAAUGAAAAAAUUUAAGUUAUUGAUGAAUCAUCAUUCAAUAAUUAAAUUAUUAAAAUAAAUCAAGCAUUAAGUGUAAAAAUUAAUUCAAAAUUACAAUAAUUUGUAAAUUUCAAUGAAUAGAAGCAAUGUAGUUAUGUUCUUAAUAAUAUUCUAAAUGGUGGUUAAGGAACAAACUUCGAUGUUUAUUCUGAAUAAAGCUCAAUUGUUCAAAAAAUUUGUUCUAAUCCAACAGAAAUAAGUUAUCAAAUUGAGAACAAUGCAGAAUUUUAGAGUGAAGUACAAUAAAUUGAAUAUUAUGUUUAUGAGGAUUUGUAAAAUUUUGUUAAUCUGUUGUAUUCUUUAAAAGCAGUAAAAGAGCAUUUUAAAGAAUAUCCUUACCAUCCAAUGACUGUUUUAUGCAGGAACAAGGUAAUUUUAUAAUUAAAUCUGUCGAAUGCAAUUCAUUUUGAUUUGAUGAGUUAAUAUCAAAACAACCUAAGGUAAGUUUUACUAAAAGAAAAGGAAAACGCUAAAAAUAUUAUAAAUUAAUUCAAAUUACUUCUAGGAGAUGAAUAUUUAUAGCAUAUUGAUUAUUAUAUAUCUAAUAGUUUAAAUGAAAAAUUAUCUGUGAAAAAUUUAAUCCUAGAAACCCUUGAUGAGUCAAACUCUCAAAAUAAUUAUUAAAAUUUCAAUUUGUUUGGUUAAGCUCAGGAUGCUCAAAAGAUUUUGAGCCAUUGGAUUAAAUCCAAAACCUAUAAUUCAAACAUAUUUGAUUCUUUUAUCUUUAAAGCAAUGUAUGUUUAGCAUUAAUAUUUAGAUGUUACAAAUAUACAACAGAAAUUAAGUUAAUAUCUAAUUUUCCCGCAUCCAGCUUUAAUCCAAAAAAUAAAUGA